AUGCCAUCUUCCCGACCAGUCAAGCUGGCAUGUCUGGUUUGCCGGGCUUCCAAGAUUCGCUGCGACGGCCGCAACCCGUGUUCCAAUUGCUUUACACACAACGAACAGUGUCGAUAUGAGCCCAGUCGGCGAGGCGGGGCGCGACGAGGUCCCUUGGCCGCUCAGGAGCUGGCUCGCAAACGGGCGCAACGAGUGUCGAGACACUCCAGUGCAGCAGAGUCUCGCCCAAAUCAAGGGCAUCAUUAUUGGAACCCCAGUGACCCGGGCCAUCCGGCUUUAUUGUCCCCAUCUCCGAUCGAAUCGGGUCCCCACCUGGCCGGCAAUUCGCUCGACAUCAGCCUUCCCGCUCUGUUCAGCGCAGACGGGCAAGAGCCUCCAGAACCGACUCUAGACGCCCUGUCGCCGAGCAUACGAGCAUACAGCUGCGAUAAAGACCUACUCAAUGCCUACUAUAUAUUUAUUCACCCAUACUUUCCCUUGUUGCCACCUCCAUCUUCGUCCCAGUAUGAGGACAAAUAUAUGGCGCUUAACAUUCGCUCCCCCUACCCAGACGCCUCUAGUCUCCCCUACUGGCCCACUUCACCCCUGGGCCUCGCCCUGGCGGCCAUGCUGGCUCCGAUCCCACCACAAAGCAGCGCACAAUCGACGGAUGAUGCUGCUGCUGCUAUACGGCGCGCUUACAGCGAUCUAUAUGCGCGCUCUGCGUGGGAAUCCUUGCAGAGCGCCCUCGACACAUGUUCCACUGACGAUCUGGCAGAUUGCCUCCCGAGUACUCUGCAUCCAGAAAUUCCGAAAAAGAUCGAGCCAGUCCUCGCGUUGGCCCUUUUGAGCCUGUACGAAUACUGUCAACGGGGCAGUGUCCCGAGAAUGCGCACAUGGGCGAACCAGGCCCUGACAUCAGCGAUGGACCUGUCGUUACACCUGGAGAGCUCGGAUACCGGUUUCUUGGAUGCGCACCGCCGGUGCUGGUGGUCGACGCUUUUCCUAGUUUACCAGUCCUCUAUCCUGAACGGAUCGGAUCCGAUUGUUACCUUUGACGACCACCGAAUCACCACCAUGUUUCCCGAGUUCCGCGGCUGCCGCGAGCCAUGGCCCCUUGUAGUGAAUGCUCAAGUGGCCCUCCUCCGCAGCUGCUCCAUCACCCGCGCCCUGAUCCGCGAAACAAACACCAGCCCAACACUCGCCCGCUCCACAACCCAAGACAUCCACGAUCUAGAGGUAUACAUACUCAACCUCGCAUCCGAGGUAGACCGCUUCCGCUGCGUGACGCACUACCAGGGCGCCGAAGCCGACGCCUCGCGGAAUCUCUGGGCCAUCUGCAACGCUCUGAUCCACACCUCCCGUCUAACCCUGUAUCGCGUGCGCGCCUUCCCAGAGCGCCCCCUCUUCCACGACAACCCAUGCGACUUUCUUGCGCCGCAUGCCUCCUCUUCACACCCAGCACGUGACCUGCGCCUUUCAACUACCCGCCUGGGCGAAAUCAACUCCGUCUUUCCAUGCACGGAGCAGGACGCCGUCCAGAUCUGCCUACAGUCCGCGCUCGUCGUAUCCCGCGUCUUCCGCCGCCUCCCACCCCCGAACCCGUUGUACUCUGACGACGUCGACGUCGGCAUCACGAGCCCACGCACGCUGUCCCGCAGCAAGGGCCUGGGCUCCCCGCGCUCAGUGCCGUACAUGGUCGUUUUCCAGAUGCAGAGCUUCUAUGUUCUGGCGACGUUGCUCAGCCGGGUGCACGCGGCCAUGUGUUCCGGGACGAUGGGUAGCUAUGCGUACUUGCUCUCUCGGACGAGCGUUGUAAGUGCGGUGCAAGAUGCAGAACGACUUGUCGAGGAGCUUCACGGUGGGAUGGAGGCCCUUGGGGCGUCGGUACGGGCCGAUGCGGUAUUUGAAGGGGUUGGGAGUAUGGCUCGUGAAGUUGAAACUGUUCUGGACUCAAUGGUCAUGGAUUGA